AUGAAUUCCACACAAUGGACAACAUUGACGGAGUUUGUGAAGUAUUUGGGGAGGAGUGGGAAGUGUAAAGUUGACGAGACCCCAAAGGGGUGGUUCAUUUCUUACAUAGAUAGAGAUUCGGAGACCCUUUUUAAGGAGAAUUUGAAAAAUAAGAGAAUUAAGGUGGAUCUGGUGGAUGAAGAGAAGCAAGAGAGAGAGAUUAUGAAGCAGAUUGAGCGGGCAAAACAGUUGAUGACAGAGCCUAAUGGGUUUGAUCCACAGCCUUUAGAGUCACAGCCAAAAUUAUUGGAAUUGGAGAAUGGUCAGAAAGUUUCAUUGAGUCUUGGUUCAUCUUCAAAAGCUGUUGGGAAAGAGAAGCCCGAGAGCUCGAUAUUGGUGUUCAAGGAUGUUGAAGAGGAUAAAAAGAGUGGUAAGGGUAAAGAUAAUGGCAAAUUGGGGAAGACUGGUAACGGUGGUGGGAGAUCAGCAUUGGACGACUUGAUGAGAGAGCAGGAGAGGCGAAAGAGCGGAGUAACAGGAAGGAUUACUGGUUGUAUGCUUGAGAGUAAGCAUGUGCUGAGAGUCGAUCAAGAAGAGCUUGACACUGUGAUUCCCCAAAUUGGUGGCCUUGUGAGGAUAGUUAAUGGUGCAUAUCGUGGAUCAAAUGCCAGGUUGCUGGCGGUAGAUACGGAUAACUUUUGUGCAAAGGUGCAGAUUGAGAAGGGACUGUAUGAUGGGAGAGUUCUUCAGGCUGUUGAAUAUGAAGAUAUAUGCAAAGUUGUUUAGUGAGACAUCCCAAUUGUAGAUUAUGGAACUCUCAGUUUUCUUGUUUAUCGUCAUCUGCGUAUUUAUUUUUAAGUUGGUAGGGUAUAUUGAGCCAUUUCUGAAAUUAACAAUAGUUUGUGUCUUACAUCACAAACAUUGGCAAUAUGCAGUUCAUGAUAUACCCUUUAUAUAAUGAACCUUUGGUUGUGUAUCCCUUGAGAAGGAUAAAAUAACGUUGGAAAAUGCUAUUUGUCUUGGGAGUUGGGUUUUUACUUGUGGUUUAUAAUCUCCAAAUUGCAAAUUACCAGUGCUCUUCUUACCUUCAUCCCCAUUUGAUUGAAUGAAUAUACAGAUUAUCAUACUUUAUUUGCUGCUGGUUUUCAAGGUGUAUGUUAGCCUCAUAAGUCAUAUCUGUUUGCCUACGUUGUUCUUGGUUGAGUUUUACCUUGAUGUGAUUCUAUACUGAUUUUUUUUUGAAGAAUGUUCUGGUUAUAAUCCACACAUAUUAGGAGAAUUUUUAUUCUACAACAUUUAUACCUCUUUUUGCGAUGAGAUAUAUGUGGUGAC